GUAACCGCUGGCUGUGACAGUGACAGUUGCUCCUCUCCUCCAUCCCCUCCUUCAACUUCAUCAUCAGCACCAGCAUCAUCAUCACCCGCCUCGGCAACAGCAGCUUCAGCUUCAUCAGAGGCAGAAGGAGUGUCCGUCGAGAGAGUGGAGAACGAAAAACCCAAGCAGCACGCAUCUUUAUUUUAAAAAAAAAAAGACAAAAAAAGAAAAGGUGCUCCACUUGAGACGGAAGAUGGAGAAAUGGCAGUUGCAGAUGAGCGAAUGUAAGGACCAAGAAAUUCGACAAAAUCUUCUUUUAUGACAAAAACCCGGAUCCGUGCAACAGUAGGAACUAUUUAAGGAACAAAAAGAUUGCCCCAUUUGACGCCCAUACAACAUGGAUAUAUCUUCAUCUUCGCUUCAGUACGGAUCAAAAAAGCGGGUCAAGAUUCACCCCAACACAGUGACGGUGAAAUAUGCCACUCACUUCCCUCAGCCUGGAGAUGAGGGCUAUGACGAUGCACCCUCUUUUGAGGACUUUGGCUCCUUUGCUGAAGCCAAUGUGGGGAAGAGACUGGUGUCAGAUAGCAAAGGUGGCAGGACUUUCUUUGGAACCAUGGAAACCCAACCUAAGCAGCCAAGUGUGCAAAGAGACAAGGGCGUUGAGGGGCAGCUGGCCAGCUUUGGCGAGGCGAAUGUGUUGGCCUCCAGGGUGACCUGGAUGGCCUUGUUUGGGGCAGCAGUUGCUCAUGGCUGUGUGGCAUUGAUUACUCGUUUAGCAGCUGACCGUUCCAAAGUUCCUUCUCUUGAGCUACUAUUCAUUCGCUCGGUGAUCCAAGUGCUGUCCAUCCUGGUGGUCUUCUACUACCACGAAGCCCCCUUUGGCCCCAAGGGCUAUCGACUGCGUCUCUUCUUUUACGGUGUCUGCAACGUAAUCUCAAUCACCUGCGCUUACACAUCCUUUGCCAUAGUACCACCUAGCAAUGGCACUAUCAUGUGGCGUGCCUCCACCACAGUCUUCAGUGCAGUUCUAGCCUUCCUGCUGCUGGAUGAGAGGCUGGGCUAUACUGAUGUAGUCACAGUGGUAGGAAGCGUGUUUGGCUUGUGCCUGGUUAUGGUGCCAAAUGUAGCAGAUGAGGAGAAGUCCAGGCUGGGGUUUUGGAAGGAGGCCUUUGGCUACACAAUGACAGUGAUGGCCGGCAUGACUGCUGCCCUCUCCAUGAUCGUCUACAGGGCCAUUAAGGAGCGGGUCAGCAUGUGGACCGCACUCUUUACCUUCGGCUGGACGGGCACAGUUUGGGGCGCCUCCACCAUGUUUAUCAUGCAGGAGCCUAUCAUUCCUCUGGAUGCGGAGACCUGGGGUUAUUUAAUUGGGAUUUGUAUCUGCUCCACUGUGGCAUUUCUCGGAGUCUACUAUGCUCUAAAUAAGUUUCAUCCAGCCUUAGUGAGCACCGUGCAGCACCUGGAGAUUGUGGUUGCCAUGUUUCUUCAGCUCAUCGUUCUGAGGAUGAUCCCCUCUGUCUAUGACGUCAUCGGGGGCCUAGUCAUCAUGAUUAGUGUGUUUACUCUGACUGGAGUCAAGCUGUACAGGGUGAGCAGAGCCAUUCGGCAGGAUUACCAAGAGAUCCUGGACUCACCCAUCAAAUGAAUUUAGAUGUCAGUCUAAUUGUUUACGAUGUUGCUUGGUUGUACAAUUCAGAGAAUGUCUGGGUCGUCAUCUGAUGAUUUUGUAUUGUUGUGUUGUCAAAUGAGUGCCAGUUGUGUAACUAAUAAAAAAUGGUGUCUUAAUAUUUGUGUGGGAAAUAAUAAUAAUAAAAAAGGCAGAUAUAACAUGG